AUGCCUCAGUCUCGGAAAAAGAGAAAGGUUUCAGCGCAGGACGUCCCUCACAAAGACCCAGAAGAAAGUACUCCUGAGACUCGUCAAGGAAGACUAGAGCCAUCUGCACCAGCUCACCGUAUGGGCCAAGAGAGUUCCAAUGUGAAGGUUUCGAAAUCGAUAACUGCUCUAGCUUUGAGCUCAGAUGGCAAGUUGGUUGCCAUCGCACUUGAGAAACGCAUCAACACCUAUACGCGAGUGGGCCGCUUUUUCGAGCUGGUUGAUGAAUCAGGAGAAGAGCCAUCGAAUAUCUUACAACUUUCCUUGGCACCAAAUGCGACAAGGGCAGGAGGAUACAUUCUGGCUUCGAUAUCAGACCACGUCAAGCUUUGGUAUCUCAACAACCAAGGGAAAUUUCUAGAUCCCUCUGAUGGUCGGAAAGUCGACAUUUCCCAGCUAUCGACCGAAGCAGCUAGCGGAAUAACUGCGAAGCUUAUGGGCGCCCAUUGGUGCAAGCAGAAUGAAACAGCAAUCUUGUCAAUCCAACAGGGAUUCAAAGACACAUUGACCAAAGCUCUGGAUAUCCAUACGAGCGAGCGUCAGACCAAACUAGAAGGAAAUACUGCAAUAUUCAGUCCGGAUGGGAGAUUCUUGAUAUGCUUCACUCAGGCUGAAUUUGGUGAGACCACAAAAAGAAAUCCUUCAAGGAUUAAAGUCUGGGAUAACGUAACCAAACAGCCUCGAUACGAUCCACUAGAUCACUCGGACGGUAUUCUGUGGGCAGGAAUAAGCCCAGACUCGAAACUCAUAGGAGCCAUUGAGAUGAACAACACAGUCCGGAUUUGGCUCGCUGAUAGUGGUAUCUGCAAGAAUUCAUUUGCGUUCCCUCGCAAUGCUGAGGCAAUGAAUGGUGCAUUCUCCCCGGAUUCCAAAUAUAUUGCCCUAAAUUUCGGUGUUAUUUGUUGCCCAUCAGAGAUACAAAUCUUUGAUAUCACUACAGGAUCCAGGACAUCCCGGUGGAAGUGUCCGGAAUACAAUAUUGAAUCUAUUGCUUGGAGCCCCAACGGCAAUCUACUGGCUACUGCGGGCUACUUCGGUGAUUUCAGUAUUUGGGACGUUACAAACGGGCUAGAAAGAAUAAAGCAGGUUACAGAUCGAUAUGGGGUGGAAGAUGAUCCGGAUUCCUUCUUGGCUUCUGACAUACGGUUCUGCGAUGGUGGAAAGAAGCUCGUCUUUGAAUGGAGUGGUGUGACAACUAUGUUCUACGAUUUGGUAAAACGUGAAACACAAAUUAAUAUCGGGUGUGCGGAGCGUGUUAGAGGACCGGUGGACUGCUCUGGAUAUCUUGGGUUCGAAGCUCAUAUUGGUUCGACUUUGAGGCUCAUAUUGAUUAGAAUUUGA